GUGAUGUCAGUUUGGAUUUCUCAAUGCGGUGAAAACGCUCUGGGUGAUCAUUCAUCAAUUGUCCGUAUCACAUUCUGAGUAAUUUUCCCUUUUGCAUUCACCGUUUCGUUUUGUUCGGGAGGAAAAUAAAGAAAAAACAGAGGGGUGAUUUUUGUGGGAGUUGCGGUGGAGAAACUGUCACGUGGUUCACUUUGAGUCCUGAUGCCCACCGGCAUACCCCGACGAGGUGAUAUAUUGUCUAGUAUCAACAACCUAUGAGCGUCACCUAAAGGUAAUCAACAUCAGAAGGAAUGCUUGAGCCCCCUUCACCAUGAACUUCGAGAACACUUCAAGCUUCCUAGACCCCCACAACAUAACCAAUGAGACCUGCGGUGCAACAGUACCUAUCGUCGGUAUUGUCAAUCAAGUUCUGUACUCAAUCGUAUGCGUCGUUGGACUUCUUGGCAAUACACUAGUCAUCUAUGUGGUUCUUCGUUUCUCAAAGAUGCAGACAGUAACGAACAUGUACAUAGUAAAUCUGGCAAUUGCCGAUGAGUGCUUCCUCAUUGGUAUACCAUUCCUAGUAACAACCAUGAGUCUCGGCUAUUGGCCCUUCGGCAAGAUAAUGUGCAAAGCUUACAUGACAACGACCUCCAUCAAUCAAUUCACCAGCAGUAUCUUCCUGUUUAUUAUGUCAGCUGAUCGCUACAUAGCAGUCUGUCAUCCAAUAUCAUCACCCAAGAUGCGAACUCCCUUUAUAUCGAAAAUAGUUUCACUGAGUGCGUGGGCAACAUCAGCCCUCUUCAUGAUACCAGUAUUCCUGUAUGCAAACACCGGUGAGAGCCAGAGCGGCAUGAGCUGCAACAUCUUCUGGCCUGAUGAUCACGGUGGUCAGACAACCUUUACCCUCUACUCCUUUGUCCUGGGUUUCGCCAUUCCCCUGACUCUAAUCCUCAUCUUCUAUUUUCUGGUGAUCAGAAAGCUGCAGACAGUGGGACCGAAGAACAAGUCCAAAGAGAAGAAGCGAUCUCACAGGAAGGUAACGAAACUCGUGUUAACUGUCAUCACAGUUUAUGUUUUGUGCUGGCUUCCAUAUUGGAUCACUCAGGUUGCCCUCAUCUAUACACCACCCAAGCAGUGUCAAUCGCGAAUUGGCAUCACUGCAUUUCUCCUUGCGGGCUUCCUUAGCUACUCCAAUAGCGCUAUGAAUCCGAUACUCUACGCCUUUUUAAGCGACAAUUUCAAAAAGAGCUUCCUCAAGGCUUGCACAUGUGCAGCGGGCAAGGAUAUCAAUGCAACACUUCAUAUUGAAAACAGCGUGUUUCCGAAAAAGACUAAGGCCAGCGCUGAGAGACUUCAAUCCAAUAAAAUAGUGACAUCUGGAACAUCUAGGGGUGAUACUGAGGAUGAGGAAGGCGAGAGGGGGCUGCUGAUAAGCAAGACAUCAACCACAACCAUCACUAUGACAUCUAGGUCCAAUAUCACCACUGGGAGUGAUAGCAAGGAGAAGGAAAGCUUGAACAACGGUAACCAGGGAACACUUUUGACCCAGGUCUAGGGCAUAUCAUUGGAGGAUUGUACAAGGUUGACGGCCAGUUGUACAUAUGGUGUGAAAUUCAAAGAUUUCGUUCAUCCAAAGAAUGAUUCGGGCUAUCUCUGAUUUGAUAUUCUAUAGGGUAGCUUGACCAAAAGAUUUCAUAAAUCGACAAUUUAUUUUCCAAUUGUCUUAAUUGGGAAGCAGAGUUAACUGCGUAUCUGGAAAUCCGUAUAUUUGGCAAUUAUUGUGAGGUAGUAUGGGGUAGAAUGGGAAUCAGCUGUUUUAAGUUGCUUCUUAUAAAACAAUCAAUCUCCUUCUUUAAACAAUUCUCCACCAAAAUAAAUAACAAACGCUGAAGAAUUCUCUUCCAUAUUAAUUAUCAAUGCGACAGUCUAAAUGACAGGAGAGACUUGGAGAAACCAUCAAUUGGAACACGAGAUUCGAGGAAUAAUUAAUGGAAGGAAAUGAUUGACACGGCAAAAUAAUUUUUUCAUGUCCGAAUGAAUUAAUGAUGGAGCAAUUGUCACGAAGGGGGUUUAAUCAUUCAUCCAACGCGGAUAUUUAUUCGGUUUACUUCAGCUCUGGGUUGCCCCCUUCUGAUUCCGGGCAAAAUCUGCUGACAAUUUCCAAGUAAUUCUAAUUCUAAUCCAAAAUUUGCUGAGGGACGUGUGAAUUUUCCCUUGUGCGCUCGCAAAAUGAAUGAGUUUUUAUCAAUGUGCUUACAUAAUGACCCUAAGUCGCCCCAAUCAUUGAAUAUUUUCAGAUUUUAAAAACGAGAUUGUUUAUUUUUAUUUGUGAUGAACCAAUGAAAUUCUAGUAUUCUAUCAUUUUGCACCAUGAUUCUAGUGCUCUUGGACUUUUCUCUCUCUCUCUCUCUUAUCAGCCAAAAUGAUGGAAAAUGGGCUUUUGAAAUGGAGAAAGAUACUGGUUUAAAGGGAAGAAUCGAUUUGGUACGAGUUGACGGAACAAUGCAACAGGUCUCUUUUUCGGAGGGUUAAUAAAAUCUUGUGAUAAUCUCGUGAGUCCAUUUAAUUUAAUAUCUUUUAUCAUCCGGAAUUCAACCGCUUGCCAAGAGAAUAAAAAAUUAUUCACAGCUAUCGAAUGCAAUCUAAUGGACGAACUGAACUCCCGCGGAUGUACCGUAUCGAGGAAAAGUCGAUCCCCAUUUAUUCUGGAAUAUUCUUUAAUUUUGUAAUUUCAUUAGCCCAAAUUGACCCAGAGCUAUUGGGUAAUCUUUGGAAUGUUAGCUAUGUACAGCAUCUGAGUGAAUUUGCAUUUAGUAGCCACUCUAGGAUUGACUCGGCACACGUGAGACAUCGGUAAUGAUGGAAUUCGGGUUCGAAGGGAUUGGAAUUCUGAUGUGCAGUGCAACUUGAGAAUUCUGCGUGUACAUACUGGGCCACUUUGCUGAUUGAAAAUUUCUCUCUGGACCAGUGAUUUUCACAUUGUUGUCCAUGUCCAGGUUCAAACCAUAUAAUUAUGUUGAUCGAUUUGAUAAUGGGGAUGUAUAUGACAUUGUCGAAAGGCCCUUGAUCGUUUUCCACUUUUUUUUUUUCAAAUUCCACAUUUUCAACGAAUUAAUUAUUUGGAGACAUUACAGUUGUUAAUAUCCUGGACAUACUUUUUACCUUUUUAUUCUUCAAUGGUAAUCUUCACUCUCAUUUUCGAGGAAAAUUGCAUUUAUUUACUGACUCAUUAUUCAAGUUCAUAUUCAUGUAUAUAGUUGAAUGAAUAAGAAUUUUACCUAAACCAUGAAUGAAAUAUAGAAAAACUAUGAUAACGACUGACUAAUUAUUGAAGUCAUUCACCAACCAAAGUUUGAAUAUUAAAUGUAAUCAUUCUACAACAAGUAUUAAUAAGAUUGACCUAA